CUUCUCUAUUCCCCGAGGGACGACCUCCAUAUGCGGAGGACACGAAAAAAAGCAACCAGUCGGUGAAGCCAAUCGACCUCAGGAUUAUCUUCCCUGUCUCGCCAUGAGCGACUAGAUCGAAAUCCAGAUGAUCGCCAUCGCAGGUGCCUGGUGUCCGUCAGCGACAGCGACGAUCUCGUUGGGGGGUGGAGAAGAGCUGCAGUUCCCCGAAAUCCAAAACCCCCCCCCCCCGGGUUUUAGUGCCUCACCCCGCAUCAUCAUCAGUCAUGCAGCUGCCAUCCUCAACUACCCACACCACCUCUCCCCAAUCAUCCAUACCCGCGUCUCACGCAGUGGAUUCUCAUUUCCUGCGCGCUUGAAGCCUUUCCCGGCCAACACCGGCUUAUACCGGGUAUCAACCAGGCAUUCCCUGAUCGCAUGGCCGAUGACGUCGACCACUGCGGAACCACGCGAUCGAUCGAUCCCCCUGCAAUAAAUAACGACGCCCACUGAACCCCAUUCCACGGACGAACCCCCUCCUUAUUCCUGCCAAUUCCCUCAAUCCAGCAGAACGAAAGGGUAAAAAAAAUGCCGUGGUCCAUCGUUCUCCCCCAGGCGAUCUUCG